UACCUGACGAAGUGCAAGAAGCAUUUGCAUUUUGGUACCGGCAAACGAAAUGGAAGAGCUGAAGCGUGUGAUUCCGAUCAACCUUAAGAGAAUGAUUUUCGAAAGCACCACAGAGGAUCUUUCUUCGACAUGUUGUUCUCUUUUGGAUUUUUUCCUUCAUCUGCCGUUGUUUCAUAGCGUCCUGCAAGACCUAACGGACCCAGAAAUGGCUAUCUGUCGUAAGAAUACGAAAGCUGCAUUAGAUUAUAAGCAGAAAGGCAACGAGUGUUUUUCUAGCGGAGAUUACGUCAAAGCUUUGAGUUUUUACUCCCAGGGAUUACGUUUUGCGCCAAUGGAUGCUGAUGAUGCGAACAAGAGCUUGGUCACAAUGCUAUAUGCAAAUCGAGCUUCGUCUUUACAUAAAAUGGGCCUUUUGAUGGAGUGCAUACGGGACUGCGGUCGGGCUCUCCUACUUUCUCCUAGCUACACAAAGGCAUGGUAUAGGAGAGGUAAGGCGAAUGCUUCCUUGGCAAAUUAUGAAGAUGCAAUCCGUGAUUUGAAUGUUGCUCUGGACAUGGAGCUCUCUUUACAUGGAAAGUCCCAGAUAAAAUGUGAGAUUGAUACAAUUCUCGACCACUGCAGGAGGACUAAGGGGACCAGUAGCUCUUGGGAUAGUUCUAGUGAGCGGAACUUUGGAUCCUGUGGUAACUCAAUCUCUAUGAUUGAUGAGCCACACCCAAAAGUGCUACAGUGUGUCUCCACACCAACUAAAGGAAGGGGUAUGGCUUCAAUAAUUGACAUAGCUAAAGCUACCUUAGUUCACACUGAAGAACCUUAUGCUGCGAUCAUAUUGAAGCAUUGUCGGGAAACACAUUGUCAUUUCUGCUUGAAUGCGCUACCAGCUGAUACUGUCCCAUGUUCAUCAUGUUCAAUACCAUUGUACUGCUCCCAGCAUUGCCAAGUACAAGCUGGAGGACAAUUUGGAAGCUGUCCAAACAAUCCUUCCAUCCCUGAGAAAAUAUCGAAGGAUCUUGAAAGAUAUAUGGCAGAAAUAACCGUAGCCAGCAAUUCUGGAUAUAUUGUUGGUGAUGCAAACAUCGAGUAUCUCACUGAACACAAGCAUGAAUGUGGUGGUGUACAUUGGCCUGUAGUAUUACCAUCCGAAAUCGUUUUGGCAGGCCGAGUUCUAGUUAAGUCAAUUGAGCAAAGGAAGCACUCCAGCUGGACCUCCAAGCCUAUUGAAUCUUUGGACCUCUUUCACAAUUAUGCUCAAAUGACCCCGGAGAGAAAAUUGGAGUUGCACAUUUAUUCAAUUGUACUGACUCACUGUCUUCAGCAUGAUUAUGGUUCUGUAUUUCCUUUAACAGGCACUUCUGCUUCACAGGUGGUUAUACUUAUAUCUCAAAUCAAGGUAAAUUCUAUGGCUGUUGUUCAUAUGAAAUCAGUAGAUGAAUACAGUUCAUCGAAGCAGUCAGGACCACAGUUGUCAAGAGUUACUAAUGUAGAACAGGUCAGAGUUGGUCAAGCCAUUUAUGCAACUGGUAGCUUGUUUAACCAUUCAUGUCAACCGAACAUUCAUGCUUAUUUCCUUUCACGUAGCCUCUUUAUACGAUCAACAGAGUUUGUGGCAGCAGGUCAACCCCUGGAGCUAUCAUAUGGCCCACAGAUUGGGCAAAUGACUCUUAUGGAUCGUCAUCAGUCACUGGAAGAUCAAUAUGCAUUUAAAUGCCAGUGCUGUGGUUGUUCAGAACUUAAUCUAUCUGACCUUGCUGCUAAUGCUUUUCGGUGUGUGGAACCAAACUGUUCUGGUGCGGUCUUAGAUAUCUGUAUGGCAAAGCAUGAAAAACAGAAAGUUAGCUGUGUACAAGGUGUUUCUACAAUUUGCAGCUUUGAGUGUCAUUUACCUGUUGAUAAGCUGAAAGUAGAAGACAUCAAUAAAGUGGCCCACAUGUUGUUUCAACAAAACAAAGGAACCCUUCGAAUUCAUCCUGGAUACUGUUUGAAUUGUGGUUCUCAACGUGAUCUGGAAUCUUCACAUGCCACAGCCAAGCAAGCUCGUAUUUAUGUCAAGAGAUUGCGGGAUGCAAUAGAUUCAAAGCAAGUUUCAAUAAAUGUACUCUCAGAUGCUUUGCAAUCUCUUGAUCUGUUGAGAUCAACAAUACAUUCAUACAACAAGGAGAUAGCAGAGGCAGAGGAUAUUAUUGCAGAGGCAUUUUGUUCGCUUGGAGAUUUUCAAGCUGCCAUGGACCACUGCAAAGCAUCAAUUGAGAUCUUGGAGAAGCUUUACACCACCAACCACAUUGUCAUCGGGAAUGAGUUGGUUAAGCUUGCAACUAUUCAAUUGUCCUUGGGUGAGUCAACUGUAGUGGAAAUCAUAAAUCGAUUAGAUAAAAUAUUUUCAAUGCAUUAUGGACCUCAUGCAACCAGAUUAUUUCCAUAUCUGCAAACCCUUAAGGGAGAAUCCAGCAAACACACUGAGUAAGGUCGUCCACUCUUUUAUUGGAGUGCAA